AUGUCCCGCAAUCGAUUUGAAGAACUGCUAUCAAACUUGCAUUUUGCUAACAAUGAAACGAUAGUACAAAAUAACAGACUUGGAAAAGUUUUACCACUUGUAGACAUAUUGAUGGUUAAUUAUCAGAAGGUUUUUUCACCAGGCAAAGACAUUAUUGUCGACGAGACAAUGGUUCCGUGGAGGGGACGACUAGUAUUUCGGCAGUAUAUUCAAACAAAGUCACAUAAGUACGGUGUAAAACUGUUCAAACUAUGCUCCACCAAAGGAUACACAUGGUCUUUAAAAAUAUAUUCUGGACGAGAUACCGGCGGAAAAAGAAAAGUUGGCAUAGCAGAGAGUGUCUGCACUGAACUUGCAGACAAAUUAUUGAAAGAAGGGCGUACUUUAUUUGUUGAUAAUUUUUACACUAGUUAUGAAUUAGCACUUAAAUUUUUAAAUUCUAAGACGCAUGUGGUUGGAACGAUACAGCGCAAUAAAAAAAAUAUGCCAAGUUGUGUAAUGUCGUAUCCGUUGAAAAAAGGUGAAAUGGUGGCACGAGAAGAUCCAAAUGGUAUUGUAGUACUAAAAUGGAGAGAUGUUCGCGAUGUCACAAUCUUAUCCACAAAAAAUCCUCCCAUCAUGACUCCAAGCUCGAAUUCUUCAUGGCGCGGGCGUCCUACGAAAAUGAAACCUUUAGCGAUAAGUGAGUACAAUAUUGGUAAAAGUGGCAUCGACAGAAGCGACCAGAUGGUGUCAUAUGCAACAAAUAUACGAAAAACCAUCAAGUGGUAUCGCAAAUUAGCAAUAUAUUUACUUUUAGGUACAACGAUAGUAAAUGCACAAUAUAGUACUCAAAAAAAGAAAACUGUCUCACCACUUGGAGAUCCGCAAAAAUCAGCAAGGGAAGCCUGUAAGAAAGAUGUGCGUACUUUGUUACAAAAAGAAAAGAAAAUGGUCGAACGCCAACAAGCAAGAAAAAACCUUAAAAAAACAACGUAUUGUUUGAAUUGCCUAAAAUCGCCACAGAUGUGCUUGGACUGUUUCAACGAAUUUCAUGCGACAUAG